AUCUACAUCUGGAAUAGACCUAGACAUGAAAACAAAAUUAUUUCAGCUCCUAGACUAGAUUGUUCUAGUAUAGAUAAUGCUAUCUUUUUAACACCUAGAACCAUAGAGCUAUCUAGAUCUAGAAUAGAUUUAGGUCUAGAUUUUAGUCUUUUAGCUGAACCUGUGUUACUUUAUAGAUCUAGGUCAUGUGGGGUCAAACACAGACCUACACAUCUGAUAAAAAUUGCAUCAUUGGAUGAUUGGUAUUCUAUUCCUCAUUGCCUGGUAGAUCUCAGUCAUCAUGAUAUCAUGCCUUUCACAUUCAAUGCACAUUUAAAUUAAAAUUUGUUACAUCUGAUGACACACUACUACUAUGAUAUCCUCUGGUCAAUAUAAGCAUAUUCUAAUCUACAAUGGUAAAGGCAGUGACGAGGAAAGUAGGAACAUGCUCUAUCACUCGAUAGAUUCAGUUGCAGAUAAAGAGAAGCAUGUUGUUAGCUACAUAACUGCUCAAGAGAUUAAAGAAGGUGUCUGGGACAAGACUUGUCAGUUAAUUGUAUUUGGUGGUGGCUAUGAUCGUGGCUUCAAUGAGGCUGUUGGUCAAGACGGCAUGAGCAAAAUCCGAGACUUUGUUUUAGCUGGUGGCCACUAUCUGGGUCUCUGUGCUGGGGCCUACUGGGCCUGUGAUCAUAUUGAGUUUGACAAAACUGGUCCUUUAGAAGUCGUUGGAGAGAGGUUUCUGAAGUUUUUUCCAGGUUUGUGCAUUGGUCCAGCUUUCCCGGGUUUCCAGUACAAUUCUACAAUAGGAGCUCGUGCUGUCCCAGUUUACUAUGACAAAGUUGGAGCCUUUGACACAUAUAUGAAUGGCGGAGGCUAUUUCUUGCCAUACUUGAAACAAAUUAAGUCAAACAAUGUAGGUCAGGAGUUGAGCACAUCACUUAAUCCCAAUUUAGUGAUGCACUCCAGGCAGUCAUUGUCUAGUCAUUCCACACCCCGCAUGGGUUCAUUACGUGGCCCACAACACAAGAACCACUCGACUGUUUUGCACAACAGCUGGAAGGCCCUGGGUGUGUACUCGUCGCUGGAAAAUAAGCCAGCUGCAGUGGUGAGUUGCCAGAUGGGCAAAGGUACUGCUAUAUUGUCUGGCGUACACUUGGAGUACCCAGUGAAACUCCUCCACAAGGAUGAUCCACAUAUACUACAAUGGCUACCAGUGCUUUCUUUGAGUGAGGAAAAAAGACUUUUUGUUUUCAGUGAUUUGCUCAGACAGCUUGGUGUGAUAGUUAGACAAUGCAAGGCAGUAUUGUGAUAAGUUUACAACUUCACAGACUGAUUCAUAAUAGAAUUUCAAGACAGUUUUGCAAAAGCAUUAUAGCUGCACAUUGUAUACAAUUUCAAGGAAUAUAUUUGUUUAUGUCAGUGAUCACUACACAAGUUUAUAACUGAUGAAACUCCACAUAUUUAUUAUUUUCAAAUCUUGUAUUGCUGUCAUAAUUAACUUGAACACUUUAUGAUAGACCGGUAUAUUAGUAGAAUGGAGAUAAGACUAUUACAGACAUUUGCAUUUUGUUACAUUUAUCAUUUUCCACUGGUUAUUUAUUUUGUGAUAAAAUUAUAAGAAUAAAUUAUUCUGAAGUUCAAAA